GUCAAAUAUUCCGCCGCACCUCCGCCCUGUGUUCAUUCAUCACGAGAACGGCAGGAAGAAAAGUCUGCCUCGCGUGUGGGAUCGGUUGAAUUGGGAAGUGAAAAUUUUCAGAUUGUUGAAUUAUAUAUCCGGAAGUGCAACAGAAAGGAAAAACAGGAUCCAUCAAAAUGAUGUCCUUACCGGGAAGUAUUGCCUUCGAUGAGUACGGAAGGCCAUUUAUUAUCCUGCGGGACCAGGAGAACCAGAAGCGCUUGACUGGAAAUGAGGCAAUCAAGAGUCACAUCAUGGCAGCGAAACAGAUAGCUUCUACGAUUCGCACAUCUUUAGGUCCGAAAGGUCUCGACAAGAUGAUGGUCAGUGGAGACGGAGAAGUCACGGUAACAAACGAUGGGGCUACAAUUCUAAAGUUGAUGGAUGUUGAUCACGAGAUUGGUAAACUUAUGGUUCAACUAAGCCAGUCGCAGGAUGACGAAAUUGGAGAUGGUACAACCGGUGUGGUUGUGUUGGCCGGGGCUUUACUUGAACAGGCGGAAUCUCUGUUGGAUCGUGGAAUUCACCCGAUUCGUAUUGCUGAUGGAUUUGAGCUUGCAGCGCAAUGUGCCAGUAAGCAUCUGGAUUCCAUCGCGGAGCCGUUCCCGAUUUCACGGGACAAUAAGGAACCGUUGAUCGAGGUGGCGAUGACCACACUGGGUAGCAAGAUUGUUAACAAGUGUCACCGGCAAAUGGCAGAGAUUGCUGUCGACGCCGUGCUAACCGUGGCCGAUUUGGAAAAGAAGGACGUUAACUUUGAGUUGAUCAAGUUGGAGUGCAAGGUUGGUGGUCGCAUGGAGGAUACCUGCCUGGUGAAAGGCGUUGUUAUCGAUAAGACUAUGUCGCAUUCGCAAAUGCCAAAAACGCUACGGGAUGUGAAAUUGGCAAUUUUGACCUGCCCGUUCGAACCGCCGAAGCCCAAGACCAAGCAUAAGCUGGAUGUUACUUCGGCCGAUGAUUACCGUAAGCUGCGUGAGUACGAACAGGAGAAGUUCCUGCAGAUGGUAAAGCAGGUGAAGGAUGCCGGUGCUACUUUGGCCAUCUGCCAGUGGGGAUUUGAUGACGAGGCGAACCAUUUACUGCUGCAACAGGAACUACCCGCAGUACGUUGGGUCGGAGGUCCGGAGAUUGAACUGAUCGCGAUUGCCACUGGAGGAAGGAUCGUUCCGCGAUUCGAGGAACUGACCGCCGACAAGUUGGGACAUGCCGGGUUGGUGCGAGAGUUGAGUUUCGGAACGACAAAGGAUAAAAUGCUGGUGAUUGAGGAGUGCAAGAACACACGAGCCGUUACGAUCCUGAUCCGGGGAAGCAACCAAAUGGUAACAGCCGAAGCGAAGCGGUCCAUUCACGAUGCUCUGUGUGUAGUUCGUUCACUGAUCCAGGAUUCCCGCAUUGUCUACGGAGGUGGUGCUGCUGAGAUUAGCUGCUCGCUGGCCGUGGCUCGGGAGGCAGAUCAGCUUUCUACACUGGAGCAAUACGCUUUCCGUUCAUUCAGUGUGGCCUUGGAAGCUAUUCCAUUGGCUUUAGCCGAAAACAGUGGCCUUCUGUCGAUCGAAACUCUUUCCGAGCUGAAGUCCCGACAGGUGGCAGAGAAUUCUGCCACUUUAGGAGUUGAUUGCAUGCUUACGGGAAAUUCCGAUAUGAAGGAGCAUCACGUAAUCGAGUCGUUGCACUCGAAGAAGCAGCAAAUAAUUCUGGCCACUCAGCUGGUGAAAAUGAUACUGAAGAUCGAUGAUGUUAGAACGCCGGCCGACAAGUAACUUCUUGAAAUUCAUUAUUCCUCAUACUUAAUCGUAAAGGCUUUCGAUAACGUUCUACUUUCUUGUGUUGCGAGAAAAACAUGUCAAGUAAUUAACUUUUUUGUUUCAUGCACCCAAAUUUCCGAAACGUUCGUCGUAAAAUGGAACUAUAUGUAAGAGACAGUCUUUAGUUAUUCAACUAUCAUUUGCUUUAGGCACGCUCGCCAAACGUAUCAACUAAUCCUAACAAAUGUGCUUAAAAGUGUGCUGGAGUUUGAAACAUGAAAAGUUCAGCCAAUGUAUCAUGAUUUGCACAAAGCUAGCAUUUGAGUUUAUCUUUCAUAUGUAUGUGUAUUUGUUAGGCGCAGAUUCUAUAGCACCAAAUCAUAAACCUCAUAAAAUGUGGUAUCAUAACAAGUGCUACAUACUCUGAUGAUCUACUGAUUCAAUAAAUAAUAGCACUAGAUAUGUGCACAUAACACACGAAA